GUGUAGCACAAGCUGAGAGAGAGCGGACAGUGAGCCCGCUGCUGCCACCUCAACAUGGAGUAGAGAGAGUCCAGCAUUACUGCUAAGGAGCGGAUCCCACAGAGAGGAAUACGCGACGGCCUCCACUUGGUUCAUCCGCCGAAGUCCUCGCAAAUGCUACAGAGCCAGUUGUUUUUAGUAAACGCACAGGAAAGCUCGGCUUUUAUUUGAAAGAUGGCGAACGACUCUCCAGCUAAAAGUCUAGUAGACAUAGACUUGGCUUCAUUGCGGGAUCCAGCUGGGAUAUUUGAAUUGGUGGAGGUGGUUGGAAAUGGCACCUAUGGACAAGUAUACAAGGGACGUCAUGUCAAGACUGGACAGCUGGCUGCCAUCAAAGUCAUGGACGUCACAGAGGAUGAAGAGGAGGAAAUUAAACUGGAGAUCAAUAUGCUGAAGAAGUAUUCCCACCACCGAAACAUAGCCACCUACUACGGUGCUUUCAUUAAGAAGAGCCCCCCGGGACACGAUGACCAGCUAUGGUUGGUGAUGGAGUUCUGCGGAGCUGGUUCGAUCACAGACCUGGUAAAGAACACCAAGGGGAACCAGCUGAAGGAAGACUGGAUCGCCUACAUCUCCAGAGAAAUCCUCAGAGGUCUGGCCCAUCUUCAUGCCCACCACGUCAUUCACCGUGACAUCAAGGGCCAGAACGUCCUGUUGACUGAGAAUGCUGAAGUCAAACUAGUUGACUUUGGCGUGAGUGCUCAGCUGGAUCGGACAGUGGGGAGGAGAAACACCUUCAUCGGGACCCCUUAUUGGAUGGCCCCUGAGGUCAUUGCUUGCGACGAGAACCCAGACGCCACAUACGAUUACCGAAGUGAUCUGUGGUCUUGUGGUAUCACAGCUAUUGAAAUGGCUGAAGGAGCACCACCACUUUGUGACAUGCACCCAAUGCGUGCGCUCUUCCUUAUUCCAAGAAACCCUCCUCCCAGGCUCAAAUCUAAAAAAUGGUCCAAAAAGUUUUUCAGUUUCAUCGAGGGCUGUCUGGUGAAGAACUACACGCAGCGCCCCCCGACUGAGCAGCUGCUGAAGCACCCCUUCAUCCGAGACCAGCCCAACGAGAGGCAAGUCCGAAUUCAGCUCAAGGACCACAUCGACCGUACCAAGAAGAAGAGAGGAGAGAAGGAUGAGACAGAGUACGAGUACAGUGGCAGUGAGGAGGAGGAAGAGGAUCCCCCAGAGCAGGAGGGAGAGCCCAGCUCCAUUGUCAAUGUGCCAGGUGAGUCAACCCUGCGCCGCGACUUUAUCCGCCUGCAGCAGGAGAACAAGGAGCGAUCAGAGGCCCUCCGCCGGCAGCAGCUCCUCCAGGAACAGCAGCUCCGGGAGCAGGAGGAGUACAAGCGCCAACUACUGGCCGAGAGGCAGAAACGCAUUGAGCAACAGAAGGAGCAGAGGAGGCGGCUGGAGGAGCAACAGCGACGUGAACGGGAGAUGGCCGACGAGCGCUACCGCAAGAACAUUCAGGGCUCCCCUCAGACCGCCCCUCCUCCCAAGCAGCCCCCUCUGCCUCCCCGCUCCUCUGAACCGUUCUCCAACGGUGGCUCUUCCUCCGAGGCCUCCGCCAUGCACCGGCCCAUGGAGCCUCAGGUACCAGUGAGGACAACAUCCAGGUCUCCAGUACUGUCGCGCAGAGAGUCCCCUUUGCCAUCGCAGCCCGGCAACCAGGGCGGACAGAGGAGCGCUGGCGGUAACGUGGAGCAGCGCCCUCUGUGGGACCGAGUGGAGAAGCUGCAGCCUCGGCCCGGCAGCGGCAGCUCAUCUGGCUCGUCCAACUCCGGCUCCCAGGCCAGUCCUGGUGACCGCUUCAGGCCACGCUCUUCCUCCAAAUCUGAAGGGUCGCCUCUCCAGCGGCCUGAAAAUGUACCCAAAAAACAAGAUGAAAAGAACCUCGCUAGGCCUACUCGACCAGCUGGUGAUGCGGACCUGACUGCUCUGGCCAAGGAGCUGCGUGCGGUAGACGAUGUGAGGCCUCCCCACAAGGUCACCGACUACUCCUCCUCAAGCGAGGAUUCGGGCACCACUGACGAGGAAGACGACGAGGAGGUGGACCAGGAGGCAGGAGAGGAGUCCACCUCAGGAGCUGAAGACUCCAGGGCUGGAUAUUCCCAUGGCUUCUACAGGAGGCUGAGUAACGGGGAGACGGAGUCCGCCAAGACCAUGCUGGUUGAGGACUCGGAGAGCGACCAAGCCAUCACGCCCUCCAAGGAUGGCACGCUGGUCAUCAGACAGAGCACCGUUGACAUAAAGCGGUUGGUCAAUCUCUCAUCCUCCUCCUCCUCCUCUUCCUCGGCUGGCUCUGGUCACGGCCACGGCCAGCCCCAACCCCCCAACCACGGCUUGCCGGAGAAAAACGGCUUUGCCGGCCGCAUACGCCACCUUCCAGACCUUAUCCAGCAGAGCCAUCACUCCCCUUCCUCUUCCACAACCAUCCCUUCCUCCUCCUCCUCCUCCUCCUCCUCCUCCUCUUCCUCCUUCCCCUCAUCAUCUAGUGUGGAUGGUCGCAACCAGAAGGUUCUAGUCCCGCUUGGUGCUAGGUUCCUGGAGUCUCCCCCCGCUGCAGAGGGAGAGGAGGGGGCCGUGUCCCCUCCUGGGUUUCCGGAGAUCUAA